AUGGGAGCGUUUGAUUUCUCUUUACAGUUGGAUUUGAAGAGUGUUGGGCAGAACUUACAAAAACUGAUAUCUGACACUGAUGAAUUCGAAGCUUCGAAAGCAAAUGCAUUAAUGAUGGAACGCAGAAAGCUUGAGCAAGAACAUAUAGACAUCUUAAGCAGUAAGAUUCAAGAGAUAGAGAUAGGCAUCCAGAACACAAAGUCUAAAAUGAAACAAGAAAUAUCAAGAAACAAGAUAUUGAGACAACAAGCAUCGGGCGCAAGAAGAAAAACUGCAGCGAUGCGGAAAGUCAGUGAUGAUCCAACAAGUACACCGAAUCGAGGAGUAGCAGAAAUGAUAAGACAAGAUUUGGAAGCGUCCAUCCAAAGCAUUUCACUUCAAGCUGUGUCAUGCAUUGAGACGGUGCAAGAUUGUUUCAACUCAAUAGCAAAAGUGCCCGAGUCGUUCUCAUCUGGAGUCUCAAGCGGUGUGAAAGCCCUGCCUCUGCCAGGGCAUGGUCGGAAGGUGGUAAGACUGGUGAAGCACGACCCGAAUGAUGCUCAAAGGGACAUCAAUGAUCCCGAAUGUUGGAACUGGGAGAAGCUUGGAGAACUGCAACUCAAACGAGCCAAAACUGUUGGAGCCGAACGCUCAACAUCGAGCUCGAACGAACCUCACAACGUUAUGGCACAGAGCUCACUGCCAGUGAAACUCAUCAAGAAUAAGUGA